UAUGUCAGAUAUUAAAGUGACCCCCUUAGGUGCUGGCCAAGAUGUUGGUCGUAGCUGUAUUCUUAUCAGCCUGGGUGGCAAAAAUAUUAUGUUGGAUUGUGGGAUGCACAUGGGAUACAAUGAUGAUAGACGUUUUCCAGACUUCACAUACAUUGCCCGGGAAGGGCGGCUAACAGAAAAAAUAAACUGUGUUAUUAUCAGCCAUUUUCACUUGGACCACUGUGGCGCACUGCCCUAUAUGACAGAAAUGGUGGGCUAUGAUGGACCUGUGUAUAUGACACACCCUACUAAAGCUAUUUGUCCUAUUCUUUUGGAAGACUAUCGCAAGAUCACAGUUGAAAGGAAAGGAGAAGUAAAUUUCUUCACAUCCGAGAUGAUUAAAACUUGCAUGAAGAAAGUCAUCACAGUAAAUCUCCAUCAAGUUAUUCAGGUUGAUGAUGACUUGGAAAUCAAAGCCUAUUAUGCUGGUCAUGUGUUGGGAGCAGCCAUGUUUCAGAUUAGAGUUGGACAGAGCUCUGUUGUCUACACUGGUGACUACAAUAUGACUCCAGACAGACAUUUAGGUGCAGCUUGGAUUGAUAAGUGUCGACCAGAUUUGCUAAUCACAGAAUCAACAUACGCAACAACCAUCAGGGACUCUAAGCGCUGUAGAGAAAGAGAUUUUUUAAAGAAAGUCCACUGUUGUGUGGAGAAAGGUGGAAAGGUUUUGAUUCCAGUGUUUGCUCUUGGUAGAGCUCAGGAGCUGUGUAUUCUCUUAGAAUCUUACUGGGAUAGAAUGAAUCUCAAAGUUCCAAUUUACUUCUCACUUGGUUUAACAGAAAAGGCCAAUCAUUAUUACAAGCUGUAUAUCACAUGGACCAGUGAGAAAAUAAAGAAGACAUUUGUUCAAAGAAAUAUGUUUGAGUUUAAACAUAUAAAGCCAUUUGACAGAGCCUACAUUGAAAAUCCUGGUCCAAUGGUUGUUUUUGCUACUCCUGGCAUGUUACAUGCUGGACUGUCAUUACAGAUAUUUAAACGAUGGGCACCGAAUGAAAAUAAUAUGGUAAUCAUGCCUGGGUAUUGUGUUGCUGGAACUGUAGGACAUAGAAUUUUGAAUGGUGCACGCAAGAUAGAGAUGGAAAAUAAACAAAUAAUAGAAGUAAAAAUGGCUGUAGAGUACAUGUCUUUCAGUGCCCAUGCUGAUGCCAAGGGCAUCAUGCAGCUGAUUUCUCACUGCGAACCAAGGAAUGUCUUAUUGGUCCAUGGAGAAGGAGAAAAAAUGGUGUUUCUCAAAAAUAAAAUAAAACAAGAAUUUGGAGUUGAAUGCUACAUGCCUGAAAAUGGAGAAACAAGUGUCAUCAAAGUCAAACACAAUAUUCCACUAGAUACAUCCCUGAACCUGUUGAAAAGGCAGCUUGUUCCUGCUGAUGAAUCUGAAGAACCAGACCCUAAACACUUAAAGAUACUACAUGGUGCCUUACAGAUGAGGGGCAGUAGAAUGCAAUUAACUGAGCCAUCAGUUGCAUUCAGGGAACUUGGCCUGGAGGAGUAUGAGUUAAGGUUCACAUGUGACAUCACUUUAGAAGAGGAAGGCAGUGUUUCUAACACCACAGACAGAAUAUACAGACUACUACAGCGAGAAUUCCCUAAGUGUUCCGUCCAGUUUUCAAAUGAUGGGUCCAUCAAUGUUGGAGAUUCUGUUAUUGUUAAAGUAUCUGGUGAAGAUGAUUGUAAAAAUAUUUUGGUAUCCUGGUCACAUCAGGAUGAAGACAUUGGGAGUCACAUUCAGAGAGUGUUGAGACCUGAACAAUCUUAAUGUGCUGUGUGGGAGUCAUAUCCAGAGAAUGUUGAGAUUUGAACAAUCUUAAUGUGUGGGAGUCAUAUCCAGAGAGUGUUGAGACCUGAACAAUCUUAAUGUGUGGGAGUCAUAUCCAGAGAGUGUUGAGACCUGAACAAUCUUAAUGUGUGGGAGUCAUAUCCAGAGAGUGUUGAGAUUUGAACAAUCUUAAUGUUCGGCCUGUAUUGAUAAAUGUUGUCAAUCAUGUUAUAUUUUUGUAUAAUAAAUUAUUACUAUUACUAUUA